CAUAGUGCAGCACUAUUUAGUUUUGUAGUAGUUAGGGUGGGAUUUUGGACAUAAACAAUGUUCUACUGUUUAAAAGGGCAGAGGCCCCCCACCCCGCCCUAGGAAAAGAAAAUCGUGGACACGCCUCUGUCUCACAGCACCUUCUUAUGGAAAGUCCCGUAAAUACAGAAAGUGAAAGCAAAUUCGCGCGGAGGGCGUGUAUUAUUUUAUUAUUUUUGAUUAUUCUGACCCCGCUGACUGUUCAGGCGGACUUUGUGUCUUUGUGCGUGGCCUGUGCGGGGAUCUGAAGGCCCCUGCGGGACCGAGUGACAGUUCGUCACUUCCCAUAAAACAAAAGUGAAAGCGUUCCCGCCCGGCUCACUAGUGUUGGUUUCAGUCUGCUGGGGCCGCCGCGAUGGCCGGAGAAUAUUCCCACCGGGUGGUGGUGGAACUGGAAAGCGGCGACGUCCCCAAAGUGAAGAACAAGCUGGUGAAGUACUUCCAGAGCCGCAGGUCCGGCGGCGGAGACUGCCAGGUGGACUAUGAGGAGGGCAGCCGCUCGGCGGUGCUGCGCUUCAGCAGAGAGGAGGAUAAGAAGAAAGUUCUGGAUAAAGAAACCCACCAGGUCCAACUGGAGAAAGGGGUUCUGAAGAUGACAGCUCGUCUGCCUCCAGAGGAGCAAACAGCAGCUCAGAAAAGCCCAGCUCCCGAACAGAAGAAGAAAUCCAAUGAUGCAGAAAUUCCUAAACAGGAACUUACAGAUGAGGCCGACCAUUCCCCUGACACAGAAGAAGAAGAGCUGUGUUCAACCUCGGCGGUUUUGGAGAACAUUUCUGCAGAGACCAGCCAGGAAUUCUUGGAAAUGUUGGUGGAAAAUGUAUUGAAGGGUCUCCGCUUAUCAUCCCAGAAAUUUAGUUUGGAGAUGCUUCCAGAAAUUUCCUCAGCUGUUGUGACUUUCCAGACAGGAGCAGACAACUCUACUUUUAUCAAAGCCUGCCCUCAAAACCGGAUGUUUAACAGGAAGGGAUUAAUGGUCCGGUCUCUGGAACUGACAAAGCAAGUUGCCAUCAACAAUGAACACAAGUUUAAUGCAGACGUACUCCAACUAUACUUUGAUGGUAAAGGUGGAGGUGUUGAAGAUGUUUUGCUUAAUGAAGAGGAGCAGUCCGCUGUCAUCACGUUUACAGAGCCUAAAGGUGUUAGGGAUGUCCUCAAAGAAAAGCACAACUUCAAAAAUAAAGAAAUCAAAGUCUAUCCAUUUUAUGAGUCUUUGGGAGUGGCUCUCUACGGAAAAGAUAAGAAAAUCCUCAAACUUCCUGCAACCAUCUCUGAGCCCUUGGAGAGCGCUGUCUUUGCAUACCUGAAACAGAAUCCGGCUGCACUGGAAUCCAUUCGCAGUGACUUGGAGAAGCAUUUCUGCAAUGUGGCCCUUGACCAGGCUGCGGUGUGCUUAGGACCCAAGCCUCUGUUACUGAAGCAAAAGGAUUCCAAAACAUUGAUCAGAGAGUGGACCAACACAGUGAAGGCUGCCUUUACACAAACUAUGUCUAAAUUCAAAUCUACAACGUUCCAGCUAAAGCCAGAGGCUGUAGAAGAGUCUGAGAGGGCAAUUCGACAGACUCUGCUGAAGGUGCCUGAUGAGGUUAUUUUGGUGCCUGAUAAGGCUCAGGGUGUUUUAUCUGUGGCUGGUCUUGUGGAUAAUGUAAACGCACUAGAGAAACCAAUUCAGGAAGUCAUUAACAAAACUGCACAAAGGGUGGAGAGGCAGAAAUUAAGCAAAACCCAGGAGGUGAAAGUAUCACCUACAGUCUUUCAUAUCCUGUGUCAGGAUGGUUUUGAAGACAAGCUUUUGUCAUUGUUCCCCGAGCUCCAGAUGUCCUUCAACAAAGAGAAAUCCACUCUGAAAGUUACUGGUCUUGUCGACGAGAUUUUUGCUGCCACCAAAACCAUAAACGAUUCAAGUUUUUCAUUAAAGCGACAGAGUUUAGAUAUGGAGGAAACUUUGCUGGAUUUUUUGAAAGGUGGAGAAGAAGUUGAACUGACAAAUUCUCUCCUUACCGCCUACGACAUAAACGCUGCUUUGGAAAUCAGUGCAAAUAGGGUGCAGCUCAUCGCUGCUUCGGAAGAAGAUUUAAUGGAUGCCCAAGAGCAUCUGAGGCAGUUGUUGACUAGUAAAGGCUUUGUUGUUGAAGAUGCGGACGUACUAAAAAUGGCAAAGUGGAAAGAGUUGGUCAGGCAGAUGGAGGAUGAAACCAACAGCUCGGGUAGCAGGAUUCAAAUCCAAACCACCGAUCAGCAAGUAGUGGUGUGCGGUCAUAAAGAUGUGGUGGAAAAAGUCAGUUUCACAUUAGAAGAGUUCUUAACGCAGAACGCUCGUGUCGAUGAAACUGUUCAUGUGAAAGCAAAUAUCAUUAUAAAGUACUUCAGAAGUCCUGAAAUGCCGUGGUUAACAGAGUUGCAAAAGCAAGUGAACGUGUCUUUCCAAAAAAACACCAUCCACCUAAGUGGUUCUAGAGCCGCUGUGGAAGAAGCCAAGAUGUCUGUUGAAUCAAUGUUGUCGUCUUUAGUCUUUGACAGUUUAAUGGUCAACAAACCUGGAGGGAAGAAGUUCUUCCUGGAGAAGGAAAACAUGUAUCUUUCCUCACUCAAGAGUGAAACUGGUUGCUUGGUACAGCUGGUUGAUGAGGUUGUUCAGGGUUUGGAAGACGCCAUUAAGCAGGAGUUUGGCAAUCAUGGAGUCAGUCAUUCUCAACAAGCUGUUCCUCCAAAAGACAUCAAAAAGAGGUCUCCUGCUUCUGAUCCCUUCCUGUGUCAAGUGAAAACUAAAGAAGGCUUGUGCAUCAUUCUUAAAAAGGGAAAAAUAGAAGCUUCAAAGACGGAGGUAACGGUCAACACGAUAUUCUCGGAUCUUGCACUGAAUAAAGGUGCAGUUUCAACUGCCAUUCUGAAUGUGGCAGGGCCCAAACUUCAGCAGCUAGUGAUGGCUCAGAAAGCAGCCGGAACUGAGGGGGAGAUCAUUAUUACUGAUGGCUGCAAUCUGAAGAGCCAGAAAGUCUUUCACGCUGUUGCCACCAAGUGGGACAAUGGUAAAGGCGCUGCUGAACAGGUGUUGAGUGGAAUAUUCAAGGGUUGCUUGGAAAAGGCAGAAAAUGGUAAUUUGACCUCCAUAUCGAUCCCUGCCAUUGGCACGGGAAACCUGGGUUUUCCAAAAACCCUUGUAGCCUCCAUGAUGCUGGAUAAAAUUGUUGAGUUCGGUAGCCAGGCACAACCCAAACAUCUGAAGAGGGUUGAAAUAGUUAUUUUCGCUGGAGAUGCACCAACAAUCCAGGAAUUUACCAAGGAAUUUAUGCGGAAGUUCCCCAAUGCUUCCGUUGGCUCAGAUAUUAAAAGUUCCUCACAAACAACAGCAAGGCCCUUCUCAAAGGUUACUUCCAGUACUGGGAUGCAUGAAACUACAAUGGGAAAUGUGACUAUCCAAGUAAUAACCGGAGAUAUAACCAAAGAGACCACAGAUGUUAUUGUUAAUUCUUCGGAUGAAAAAUUUACUCUCAAGUCAGGAGUAUCCAAGGCCAUUCUGGAUGCUGCCGGUCAGGCUGUUGAGCAAGAGUGCCAAACCUGUGGUGCCCAACCAAAUUCAGGCAUGAUACUGACACAGUCUGGGAACCUUAAAUGUAAGAAGAUUCUCCACCUGACUGGACAGACAGACCCUGUGAAAGUCCAGAAGGUUGUCAAGGAUGCUCUGGGAAUGUGUGCGAAACAGUCCUUCACCUCUGUCUCAUUUCCAGCCAUCGGCACAGGUCAAGGCAAUGUGCAGGCCGGUAAGGUGGCAGACGCCAUGUUGGACGCAGUGAUCGAUGUAUUGAGCCAAAACCCUUCAAGUACCCUGAAAACAGUCCGCAUAAUCAUCUUCCAGCAGCAAAUGCUGAAAGACUUCUACAACAGUAUGCAGCAGAGGGAAGCUGGAGAACAACAGGAGAAAGCCACAGUACCCUCUUCUAUUGGCCAAAGACUCAAAAGCCUCUUUUUGAGUCAAAAUGAAGAGAAGCAGAAGAAGGAGGAUGAUAUUUCCAUUGUGCCGGUCAAACCGGACCCUGCUUGCUUCCACAUCUGCGGCGGCACACAAUCUAAAGUAAAUGCAGCCAAAAAGUGGAUAACUGACCUGAUAUCCAACGAACAAACCACUAUACCCAUAACUGACAACGCCAUCUUAGACCUGUCGAAGGCAGACUGCCAGCACAUCAACGGCAUCCAGAAGAAAAUGGGGGUGACCAUCCAAAUGGAGAACAAAAACUCCCAGACCUCGCUCAUCGUGGAAGGCCUCAGCAGGGACGUGAUCAAAGCCCUUCGUGAGAUUGACGAUAUUCUGAAAAAAGUUAAAAGCAAGCAGGAGUUGGACAAAUUGGUGGAGCUGACGGGGGCAGUGGCAGACUGGCAGUACCAACUGCAGGGGCAGCAAUUUCAGAGUUUUGAUCCAAUGACGAACUACAAGCUUGAGCAAGCAAUGCAACAGGAGCUGCCGUCGGUAAACAUCAAAGUCCAGGGACAAGACUACACCGCCACCCUACCUGAAGGACCAGCUACAGACAAGAAGGGAAACACUCUGCAAAUUAAACGAAUUGAUAAACUAAAAGGUGAAGGUAUUCCAGAACACUGGCAGCAGAUGCCUCCCAAGACCACCUGUUUGGUUGCCAACGUCCAGGCUGGCACACCAGAGUACAAUGAAGUUCUCCAACUGUUUCAGGCUUCCUGCAAGCGAAACGUGAUAAAGAUUGAUAGAAUCCAGAAUCCUGCACUGUGGAGGAGUUUACAAAUCAAGAGGAGUGAGCUGGAGGUGAGAAACGGCCACCAGAACAACGAGAAGCGGCUCUUCCAUGGCACCUCCGAAGACACGGUGAAAAUCAUCAACGAACGCGGCUUCAACAGGGUUUAUGCUGGAAAGAACGCUGCAUAUUUUGGGAACGGCACUUACUUUGCUGUAAACGCCAGUUACUCUGCCCAAGACACCUAUUCCAAGCCCAACGCCAACGGGGAGAAGAUCAUGUACCUGUGCCGAGUGCUGACUGGAGACUACACCCUUGGUCAACAACACAUGAUUGCUCCACCAGCCAAGAGUUCGCUCUCCAUUGAGUUGUUCGACAGUGUUGUGGACAAGGUCGCCAAUCCCAGCAUGUUUGUUAUCUUCCACGACACCCAGGCCUAUCCUGAGUAUUUGAUUACAUUCAAGUGAUACUGCCAUUCACGUAACCAUUAAAAAAUAAAUAAAAAUGUCAACACAUCAGUUGUUUUGUUAGAAAUGUUCAACUCAUGGAGGGUGCUCAUAAUAAGGGAAAGCACUGUGGUUAUUUUAUAAUAAAGUACACUGUUUGUACAUACACUGAUACUUCACAUGACAAACGCUGUCCACAACCAACGACUCGCGUAACUGUAACUGACCGUGUGUCUAACAGAACAAACUUGCAUCACAUAACAAACCAUAAAAAAUCAUCUAGUUAAAAAUUCAUUUUCCGUUAAAGAAAAAUUAGCUGAAUGCAUCCAUAAAUGUGUUUAUUUUUGUGUCAUUUGGAGCUUACGUAAAUAUUUUCCUGGUUUCUCCUAUCCUUUACUGUAUUCUCUCAUCAUUUUGUUUUUCAAAUUUGCUAGAUUUUUCAGGCCAAAAAUUGUGUACUUUGAGGUGCCAACAUGUUAACAGUUGAAAUUGUCAUUUUCUUUGAUCCAUUGCUGUUUUUUAGCAACAUAUGCGAUGUUUAUGUGCAGGUAAGCAGUACUGAAAUAAUUGAAUUAAUAAACAUGUGAAAUAAACAUGUAAAUAUCAA